CCCGCUGCAUAUCUUACAGCUUUAGUAAUCAAACGUUCUGAUGUAGGCAGUGGCACUUGCGAAUGUGAGGUGAGGAAUGGUUGUAUGUGGUACGUGUGCACAGUCUAAACUGUGGGUGGAAGCAAUAUGCCUAGAUGUGACUAGUCUGCGGCCGGAAACCAACACGAAGAAGAAGAGACGAAGGGCGGAAGAGACGAAGUGCACUCCGUUGUGGUCCCUUCGCAGUGCUAGCUAACAUGGAUGCUACAAUGGAAAACAUCGAACACACGCUACCGCUAUACUCUAAUAAUGCAAAAAAGAAAAGUAAAAAGAAAGUGAAUUCAGAAUACACGUACAAAUUGUCUGAAUAUGAAACAAUGGACUUUGUGAAAUUGCGCGUAUCAAAUCGCUACAUGUUUACGGGGAGGAGAAAUGCCUCUCGACUGGCCUGGAGGGCCAUCCUCAAACACAUGGGCUUGCAGGGGAAGAUGACGGCCAGUCAGGCAAUGAAAAAAUGGGAAAAUCUGAAGAAGAGAUACAAGGAGCUGAAGUACCCUCCCCCAGGGGUGCAGGUGUUCCCCCACAGUUGGCGUUGGUACGAUCUGAUGAGUGAUGCAAUGGAGGGGCGUCUGGCAGGCUCAGCCCCCAUCAUUGGCCCACUCCCCCCGGGCACUAGCGACAGUGAUUUUCUCCCUGACGCCCGGCCCAGGAAGAGAUCCAUGAUGGGCGGAAUAGGGGUGAUGGGGAUGCACUGCGACCUGGAUGAGAUGGACACCGAGAGGGCGACGCUGGAGACCGAACGGGCGGCAUUGGAGGGCGAGCGAGAGGUGAUGGGGAGAGAGCGGAUGGCGCUGGAGAGAGAGCAAGCAGGGCUGGAACGAGAGAUGGCCAACCUGGACCGGGAGCGUGCCCAACUGGAGAGGGAGAAGGCAGCGGUGGAGAGGGAGAGGGGGCUGAUAGAGAAGGAGAAAGCGCAGGUGGCCAGGGAUCGGCUGGCUGUGGACAGAGACAGAGUUCUACUGGCGGAGGGUAGAGCAGCGGAGGAGAACGGUGCGGAAGGACAAAGCUGUAAAACAGGAGGACAGAGGGUCGUUGGGUCGUUGGAAAGAACCGAGAGAUUCCUCAAGAUGUUUGAAAAGUUGGUUGAACGUAUGUGAAGAACAAUUAUGUUUGUUUACACUAGAAUAGAGUAUUCAAUUGGAAAGUAAUUGGAUAUAAUUUGUAUUGGUUUUAUUUUCUAUGAAUGUACAAAGUUUUCAAUGACAAAUCCUUUUUGUAUUGCUGUUCAGAGAUGCCUGUAUGCCUAUUGUUAUCUGGGCUAGAAGUAUUUGAACAUGAACUGCCUAAACAGUUGUACUCAAUCAGUUCAUUCAAAAUCACUUUGCAGCUACACACCUUACCGGUCAAUUCUCAAUUAAAAUGUUAAGCCAUUGAGGUCAUCAAAACAACUUUAUUCAAUUGUGGUAUUUCCAUACAAAGCACACAAUAGCAGGCUGUUUCUUCUUGUUAACCCCAUCCACACCCAACAACCCCCCCCCCCCCCCCCCCCCCCUCCCCCUUGGUCAUACAAUAGUCUUGAUCUUUAUUGAUAUAGACUAUUGUGGUCAUAACAAGAACUUUGAAAUGUAAUAUGCCAAAUAUUGCAGUUCAUGUAAAAAAAGUGACUUCAGAAUAUAUUUUUAUAUUACAGUACAGACUUUACAAAUGCUUGUUUAAUUGCUUCUUUUAUUGCAUUGAUAUUCAAAUUGGCGUUCCAGUAAGCUUCAGCUUCAAUUAGUUUAUGCUAGUAUCAUUUUUUUUUUUUUUUUAAAUAGUGUUAGAUUUCUGUAAUAUAAUUUUUCUCCUUUACAAAAACAUAUUUAAACAAUAUUACUGGUUGUCGUGGCCAGUUGUGAACAGACAUGAAACAAUGUUUGAUUGUUGGAUCAAUAAAAUGUCACAUUUU